UCAUGAAAUGUACCAAUCAAGACUCCAAUUAAUUACAAAUACGAAAUUCCACGUGAUUUUACUCUCCCUUAUUCGUUGAGAUUGAAACAAAUAGAUAGGCCUCAUGUCACUUCAGCUCUCAUGGAUUUUCCCAGCAAUUCAUCUAGAUCGAGUUCUUUAACAAUUGGAGAACGGAUCUGCGCAGCGCUAUUUCCAUUGGCUGCAAUCAUUGAGGUUUUGAUAUACGCGGUGAGCAAUUGCUUUGAAUACAAACCUCGCUUUAAGAGACAUUCUACUUGCCGUUUCAGUGAUUUAGCUCGCCUUUCUCGAGAAUCUCGAUUUACUAUCAAUGAAAUCGAGGCAUUAUAUGAGCUCUAUAAAAAAUUGAGCUGUUCUAUUAUCGACGACGGAUUGAUUCACAAGGAAGAACUUCAAUUAGCAUUGUUCCAAACUCCCUACGGCGAGAAUCUGUUCCUAGACAGGGUUUUUGAUACUUUUGAUGAAAAGAGAAAUGGUGUCAUCGAGUUUGAGGAAUUUGUUCAUGCGCUUGAUGUGUUCCAUCCCCAUGCCCCUAUUGAAGAAAAAAUUGAUUUUGCAUUUAGGCUGUAUGAUUUGAGACAAACUGGAUUUAUUGAGAGAGAAGAAGUUAAGCAAAUGGUGAUCGCUAUUUUGCUGGAAUCUAAUGUUAGAUUGCCGGAUCAACUUCUUGAUGAUAUCAUAGAUAAGACGUUUGCUGACAUCGAUGCGGACAAGGAUGGUAAAAUCAACAAAGAUGAAUGGAAAGAGUUUGUGUUAAACCAUCCAUCGCUAUUGAAGAAUAUGACUCUUCCUUAUCUAAAGGACAUAACCACUGUAUUUCCAAGUUUUGUUUUCAAUACCGAGGUUGAGGAUUGAAUCUCAAGCAUUCAUUAGCCUCUCCAGACGUGACGUUUAACAGCUUGGGUCAUACAAAACUGCCUUCUCCAGCCAAUCAAGGGAUUUUGAUUGAAGCUUUCAUAUCACAAAAUUUAUAAGAUCGUGUAGCUGAAGCAAGCCGCGUAAGAUCUUCAUAUCGGAUGCCUGCCAAUUGCAUAGCAGACCAUUUCAUUUUGUUGGUCUACUCAAUAUUUUUCUGUACAGUGAGAAGAAAAGCAUUUCUAUAUCGAUCUGUUUAGCUUACAUCCUUCGUUUCAUUUCUUGGGGCACUCAGAUAUUUGUUGUCAUUGUAAAUUAUCUCUAUUCAUAUAUUGAUAUGUUUUCUCGUUCA